AUGAGUGUAUUAUCUGACAGUACUGAUGUAUUACUUGUUAUACCUCCAAAUUUUUUCACCGUGUCAUCCGAUUCUGAAGACUCAAUAGUUUUUGACAGUGAUUCAAAGCAAUUAUUAGUCAGUGAUUUAAUAUCACAAGUCAAUGAUUUAGAAGGAAGGAUUUGCUGUAUUGAAAAUCAUUCCAUAUUUAGUAAUAACAGCAUGCCUUUAAGCAAAAAAUCUAAACCUGCUAAAUGUUUUGGAAGUUUAGAAGCUCUUGACAAUCACCAAAGUUGUUAUUACAAUUAUCGAAGCUUACAAUCAACUCCUGUUAAGGCUAGCACACUUCCCUUGCCAUGUAAAAAUUGGCAGUUAGAAAUGAAUUUAUCAGAAAAUUCAUCAAAUACAAAAAGUGAACAAAGUCGCAAUUUAUUAAAAUCAACUGAAUAUUUAUAUCAGAAAGAAAGGGAUGAUCAGUUAUUGAGUGAAAUCAAUAAUUUUUUUACAAAAAAGGAAAAAACUUGUGUCGAUAUUAAUAACCAUGAAAAAAUUGAUGGAACACAAAUUUCAGAGGCUACCUUGAAUGAAAACUCAUCUUUAUCCAGUGCUGUUUUCAAUUUAAACAAAGUAAAUGAUUUACUAAAAAAAUUGGAAGACACUCAAAAUCAAAUUGAACAAAAACUAAAAUUAAAAAAUCAAAAAAGUCAUGAAAAUGAAUUACUUGAAAUUCAGGGUAAGAAACCAUCUAGCAGUAAUAGUAAAGCUCCCAAUGUUCUUGGUGAUGAAAGCCACGACGAAGAGAAUUUUUUUAAAAAUUCACUUAAUAAUGAUUGUACAAAAGAUUCUAGUGAUGUAGUCAAUUCAAAACUAGUUGAAAGGAAUAUCAAUGAAUGUAAUAAAUAUUCUGAAAUCUCCAUUUCUAUCCCUACAAAAGAUGAUAAUAAUUUUAAGACUUUGGAAGAAAAUUCUGUUGAAAAUACAUCGAAUGGCAUGAAAAAUUUAUUAAGUUUAGGUGAAUUGUGGGAAAAUGCUAGGAAUAUUGGCAAUACAAAAAAUUCUGAAGAUUUAAGUAUUUAUAAACAAAAGUAUUUAGAAGAAGAGUACAGAAGACAACAUUGUGAAAAAGUAAUUCAAAGUUUACAGCUUAAAUUGCUGGAAGAACAGCAAAAAGUCGCUGUAGCAGUCAAAGUUGAUAAAGAAAAAGAUGAAACAAUUAUUAAACUAUCAGAAGGUUGGAAUAAGCUUUUAAAUCAUUGGCAAGAAUUAGAAAUUGAAAAGAAUAAUCUUGAAAAAAAAUUACAACAGGAAAGGGAAAAAUUUGAAAGUGAAGUUUCAGCCGCUUGUCAAACAGUGAAAAGAUAUGAAUUAGAAUUAUCAAAAGCUUUGGACCUGGCUCAUGAUUACAAAGAAAAAUGUGAAAUUUCUGAAAAUGAUAAAAAAAAAUUAAACUCUUGUACUCUCAAGGAAAUAAAUGUUUUAAAAAAUGAAUUGAAAGAGAUUAAAAAUAAACUUCAAAAUGAAGAAAGAAAAAAUGAAAAACUAGAAGCAAUGAUUUUAUCUAAAGAAAGUAAUUUAAAAAAUGCCAAUGCCAAAAUUAUUGAAAGUCAAAAUCAAAUAAGAGAUUUAAAAAAAUGUAUUAAAGAAAAACAAGGAGAAUUAGAGACAAAUAAUUUAGAAAAAUUAAAAAUGUCUGAAAAAUUAAAAGAAGAAAAAAAUAAAAUUUCAGCUUUGGAACAAUCUAAAAAAGUUUUGCUACAAAGCAAUGAAGACCUUAAAAAAAAGGAAAAAUCUCUUAAAGAUAACAUUAAAACAACAAACGAACAAAUGGAAAAAAUAAAAUUACAACUUAAAGAAUAUUACCAAGAGCAAGUUGAAAAAAUAGUACAAGAAAAGCUUAAUGAAUUUCAAGAACAAUUGUCCGCAGCAGAAAAAACUCUUCAAAAAGAAAUCGAAGAAAGAGAAAAGGCUAUAUCGGAAAUGGCUUUCCAACAAGUUCAACAAUUGAUAGAAAAACAUUCUGUGGAAAUAAGAAUUUUGGAGGAAAAACAUAAAAAAGAAAUUGAAUUAUGGAACAUAAAAGUAUAUCGCGUCGAAGAGAAAAAUAACGAAUUAGAAAAAAAAUUAAACGCAUUUUCAACUAGAAAAUCAGAAAUGGCACAAAAACUUCAGAGCGUUAUGGAAACUCAAUGGCAAGAAGCAUUAAAAAUAAUUUCAUCGACGAUGACCGAUUGUAACGUUGAAAACAAUGGAACGAAUAAAAAUUGCAAUUUAGUUGAAAAUUCAAGUAAUUCUCUAUCACCCGUACCUGAAUCUCCAUUUUGUCAAGAUGGUCAAAUUACUUAUAGAAAUCAAACGACAGUCGACAAUGAUUCCAAAACUAAUAAAAAAGUUUCAAAAGAUGCCGAAUCUGUAAAAAGUGAUCCGUUGAAAAAAUAUAUUCAAAUGGUAAGAUAA